AUGUGAUAUUCAAGUUACCCCUUCCACUGCUAUGCGAGGUCUAGAUAUUUAUCGUCUAAGGUCAGCAACAGCCAGCGACGUAUAUAGAAGUGGUACUAACUGGUACCCAGUUUCACGCUACUUUUACUGUGUUUUUAUCAACAAAACAGCUCGUUCAACUAGUGACGAUACUAUGUCUCUCAACCGAAUUAAAAAACGAUAGGAGAAAGACAUUGGACAUAUUCUCAAGUGCCGUAACCGAGAGUAAAUCGGGGAAAAAAUUCUGAGCCCUUCUAUAGGGUACAGUUUCUGCUAGCGAUACCCUUGCGUCUCUCCGACCAUGCUCGCUCUCCUCUCCGAUUCUUUUUAAUUAAAGGACGGGAGAGGAGGCAGCGCUCAUGAGUCUUUUCUGACAGACGUCAAAACGCUAGUCAGAGCAAAGAAGCGAGAGGCCGUGAUAGAACGGUUCUCCGGAAACGGCGGCGUCGUCAACGAUGGCAGACAACGGUGAAAGGGACGAGCCGUCUCGACCUUUGGCAAACCAUAUGACAGACAGCUCCGAAGAAGCCGCCAGGACGCCCUCGCCGUCUUCGUUCUCAGUCUCUGACGAUGCGGAAAAAGCACGUGGCCUUGAACCUGCAGGAAGAUCGUCGAAGGGAGCCAACACAAACCGUGUUAGAACCGACCAAUCGACAGGUACCAAAUUGCCCCGUCGAGACGAGAAUCCGUUCAGCUUUAAACACUUUUUAAAAAAUGAUCCGUCGACGAAUUAUCAGCUAACUGGAGCCAGACCAAAGGUGUACUCUCCGCUUGCUAACACGAGUCCCGAGCCUAGCAGUCUUGACAGCGAGAGUGGAGUUUACGCUAGAAAUCCCACAGAACUGCCAGACUUUGUACAAGACCAUUUGGUUAUUGAACAGUGUUACUUGAAUCACGAUGCCGUUGCUCAACCUAUCGUCGACAUUGAAAAUCUCCCAGAUUUUGCCCUUAAUAGCAUGGAGACACGAAAACCUCGGCAUCGUAGCGAGCCAGAGAAGGGACAAUCGAGUGUUCUUGAUGACCUUCCGUUUGAUCUUACCGGAAGUUUGGUUAGAAGGGAGAGAGAACGUUCUAUGCCAAAUACAAAUCAUCCAGGUCCCUUGGACCUUCCUACAUUUGAUAGGCCCAAUGAUGAACCAGCCGAACGCCUGAAAUCAUUUGGGCUUAUGUAUAACCUACCCUUGGGACCUAGUGAAUCCGAUCCUAACGAUGCUGGGGCGGCAGCUUGGAGUUGUCCACCAAAUAAUGCAACUAAUAUCACCAAGUCGUUACCAGACUUCUUAAGUGAUGGACCUAUUCGAAGCAGAGUACCUCCACCAUCUGAUGCAGGACCUGGUCCUGCUGCACCGGAGCCUAUCGACCGACGGUUAGUUUUGGAAAAUGAAAGGCUACGCCAGGAAUUGGAGGCUGCUCAUAGACAACUGGAAAAAAGAUCAAGGAGAAUACAGUUGUUAGAAGUAGAACUGGCAUCUAGAAAAGCUGUAGUUUUCGAAGAAACUGCACAUCUGGAAAAGGCUAUGGAACAAGUAGAAGACAAUUUGAAACGUAGCACGAAGAGAGCUGUUAGUGCAGAGAACACCGUAACGGCUCUGAAGCAAGAAUUAAAAGUAUUAAUGACAGAAAUAUCAAUGCUACGUGCGGAGAACAGAGAACUCAGGGGGGACAUGGGUGCCAGUUCUAAUUACAGCGGUUCUGUUAAUUUAGACAGAAGGAUAAGAAGACUGGCAACUGAUUUGCGAUCAGCUGCGUCUAGUGCAGAAGUAUCGUUAAGGCAAUUAAUGUCUGGUGUGGAUAACUUAAGAGUCCUCGCUUCAGCUUUAGAAAACGUCGACAGGAUAGAAGAUCGCACCAAAGACUUUGUAUCGGACUUCGACGAGGAUAAUGCCGCCGGGCCAGCAUUGUAAAUGUUCCGUUUGUCCUGCUUUUCCUUUAGCGUCAUGUAUGCGCCCUGCUAGAUCCGCCGCGGCAAGUUCCUCAAAAUCUCGGCACGUCGUUGGAUAUCGCGUUUUCCCGGAAAACAGCUUUGACUCUUUCACACUGUGAGACAUGUUAUUUAUAACUUAUUUGUUAUAUUUUUCUAUUCGUUAAUUAUACGGGGUGCUCGAGGUCCGUGUAAUACAAAGUAACUGAGAAUACGAGGGUAUUCGAUCACAUAAAAGAGACACUCAAACGAACAACUAACGAAUGUUAGUUUUUUACAUGUCAAUCAUCGUCAAGACCAGUCUUCCGACUUGCAAAGAUUGUGUCUCGACGUUAAUGUUCGGACAAUAGGUCUGAUAAAUGUCCCGAAAGUUCGUGAAAGCGCAGCUUGUCAUUCGCAACUUCACCAAUUGUUACAGCUGUAUAUUUUUGAAGCCUCAGAUAUAUUUCCUUAGCCGAUCAUCUCUGAAUCUACAUUAAUAGGGUACGGUGGUCCUGCACGAAUGGGAAACCAGUGUCAUGCCAAUAGCGCAGGGUAAUGAGAGACAGUAUUCUGCGCCGACAAUGCGAAAAGUGAGAAGAAAUAAAUUAAUUACCUGAAUACUUAUUCAAAGUUGUUUUUUAUAUAACUACACUCGCGUAACAUGUAUCUAUUAAUGUGUGCCUGUUAUUUCCUACCCAAAGAGUGAUCUAUUUCCGAAUAAAUAUAUUGUCACACUUCACUUUA